CGAGAUACAAUUUCGAAUGCAUUGCGAUGAUACUAACAUUCCCAAGGUCAGGCGUGCGCAAGGUCGAUAAACUUUCCUGGCUAUAUUACUUUUUAACAUAUUAUUUUCUUAACCAAUUCUUACCAUAUAAAAAUUACACAAUCUUGAUUUUUAGGUAUGGAAUUUAUGUACCCAAUUUGAUUAUGUUUUCACAAUAAAAGAAAACAAAUUCAAAAUAGUUUAUUUCACCUAAAGAAGCUGAUGGAUUUAUGGUCCACGACAUUCCUACCUGUUUUAUUCUAUUUUCAUGAAAGCAACAAGAAUUCGAGAAGCUUUUUGCCAUGGUUUGUGGUCACCUACUAAGUCUGACUUUCUUUUUUCCCUUAACUGUCUUUCUCUGAAUGAACAACAAGUAGCUUUGCGUUUUGCUUACCAACGAGAUGUACUUAGUUCUAUGGUUGGAAAGUUACUUAUACGUGGAACGGCUGUACGAUACCUUAAGAUUUCUCCACAUGAUGUCAAACUAGAACGUUCUCCGGAAGGAAGGCCAUAUAUUUUGGGUUAUUCUGAUGUGUUGGACUUCAAUAUUUCACAUGGUGGCGACUUCACCAUAAUUGCUGCAACUUCUGAGGGUCGAUGUGGGACUGAUGUUAUGCCAAUAGAACUGCCAGCAUUUCAAAGGUCCGUAAAUGACUUCGUUUUGAAAAUGAAGGAUAUAUUUUCAUCUACAGAAGUGAACCGUAUUUUAUCCUCUGGGUCAGAAGCCGAAAAAAUGAGAAAAUUUUAUGAACACUGGUGUUUUAAAGAAGCUUAUGUUAAAGCUUUAGGAUGUGGACUUCGUAUCCCCUUAAAAACAAUAGAAUGCCAAUUUUCUGACGAUGGCAAUAAAUUCUCGAUUGGUAAUGAGCUUAAAAAUUGGGCCUUUGAAAAACAUAACCUACCUGAAAAUCAUCUGGCGGUAGUUGCUUGGUUUGAAAACACAUAUGUGGAGACCGAAACCAGUACUUCAUUUUCUCAACUGACAUUUGAACAAUUAGUGGACAAGUUAGCAGUCUUAUCGCCUGUAGAUAAUACUGCUUGGGACCAGUUUUUGAGGAAACCUCAUUCACCACCAUCUCGUCAACGAAUUUAAGUUAAUCAAUUUAGAUUUAAUUCAUUUUUGACAUUUAUUUAGUCGUCAAUUGCAUGCUAAUCAUUGAUUUCGGUAUAUAAAGUAUUUUAUUUAAGGGAAAAUUUUGUAUAUUUAUGAAAUAAACAUUUUACUGACCUA